UAGUGUAAAAACAAAAACUUAUAGAGAUAAGUUAAAAUCGUGUUCUGAAUCUUAGUUAAAUACAAAAUACAUAAUAUAAAAUAUUAAACAUGAUUGCCGCAAGUAUAUUUUUAAUUUUAUUAUCUACAAUUCAUUUUGGAAACUCCAUUGUUUGUCCACCUUGUGAUGAAAAAAUAGUAUGUGAAAAGGUUUCAUGUCCAGAUGGACAAAAACCUGUUUCACAUUGGUCAUGUAAUUGUUGUGAUACAUGUCUCACAGUAUUGAAAGAAGGAGAUAAGUGCAGUUAUGAUCAUUUGUUGGGAGUUCCAAGUAAGGUUAUUUGUGACACAGGCUCAAUUUGCUAUAAGUCAAAGUGUACAAAUGAAAAGGAAGUUGCCAAGAUUUUAAGCCAACAGAAUAUUCAAGAUUAGAAUUAAAAGUAUGUUAUCUCUAAAUUGUAUUACCAAUAUUUUAAUAUAAUUGUUUUCACU